UGCGACAGCAGCAACAGUAGUAGUAGCAGCAGCAGCAGCGGCGGCGGCAGCGACAGCAGCAGCAGCAGCAACAGUAGCGACAGCAUCAGCAGCAUCAUCAGCAGCAGCAGCGACAGCAGCAGCAGCAACAGUAGCGACAGCAUCAGCAGCAUCAUCAGCAGCAGCAGCGACAGCAGCAGCAGCAACAGCAGCAGCAACAGUAACGACAGCAUCAGCAGCAUCAGCAGCAGCAGCGACAGCAGCAGCAGCAGCAGUAGCAGCAACAGCAGCAGCAACAGUAGCGACAGCAUCAGCAGCAGCAGCAGCCACAGCAGCAACAGCAGCAGCAUCAGCAGCAGCAUCAGCAGCAGCGACACCAGCAGCAGCGACACCAGCAGCAGCGACACCAGCAGCAGCAGCGACAGCAGCAGCAGCGACAGCAGCAGCAGCGACAGCAGCAGCAGCGACAGCAGCAGCAGCAACAGCAACAGCAGCGACAGCAGCAGCAGCAGCAACAGUAACGACAGCAUCAGCAACAGCAGCAGCAGCAACAGCGACAGCAGUAACAACAGCAGCAGCAACAGCAGUAGCGACAGCAUCAGUAACAGCAGCAGCAGCGACAGCAACAGCGACAGC